UGUGAUAUAAUUGUGGCGGAACCGUUUUAUCUUUCAUCACUUCUUCCAUGGCAUAAUUUAUGCUUCUGGUUUGUGAUCCAUAAACUUUUGGCAUCAUUUGACAGAAAACCUGAAAUUUCUCCCAGGAAAGGACAACUGUACGCAGUGCCUGUAAAAUUUGAUGAUUUGUGGAAGAUAGCUGCACCAGUGGGUUUUGUUGAAGGCUUUGAUUUGACAGCCUUUGAUCGUUUGUGCCAAAAAGCUCGAAGUGCCGUGGAUGCGAUCGUAGAGCCUCAGCCACUCUGGGAAUAUCCAUGCAUUAUUACCGGUGAACAAGUUGUUGUAGCCCAAUUCGAUUUCAACAGCCCACCAUCUCCAGCAACUUUUUCGACGAAAAUUACCCCUCAAAUUACUGGCACAAAUGGAAUUGUGUUCUGGAUGGACUGGGUUCAUGAUGGUUAUACGAUAACAAGUGGUCUUCUGGAAAACUGCACAGUAGGUAAUCGUCCACAGUGGUCAGUUGGUCAUCGACAGGGCGUUUAUUUUCUUCCGGAGCAGGAAAGGAGCAAGUCAAGAUGCUCAUCAGUGAUAGUUAAUGUUAAUUUUUGUUCUGAUGGGCAAUUGCUGUUUCAUUUUCAGCAUGAAAAUUGA